AUCAGUUUUACACACUAUUUCAGCCUGUUCAGGUCCUGGCUUAUCGGGUCCUAGGCUAAAAAUGCUUAGCAUGCAGGGUUGAGUGCUUGGUCCCUGUGAGGGAGAGAGCCACUCCGCUCUGCAGCUCUUAUCGUGAGAGUCCCAUGUGGCAACCACCAUGUGUUUCUGCUGCCAGUAAUGCUCCUCUGGGAGGGUGGCCUCGUAUUUAAUGCAGGCGGUCCCUCCUUGCUUCCUCGGAGGAAAAAGCGUCCAGUCAGACCUCGUUCAGCAAUAUCAUGGAGAGCAAGUCGGCCGAUGUGUCCCUGGGACAAGAGGUGCCUAGCUACGAUGAGAAGAGGUCGAGCCAGAAUUCUCCUGCGAUAGAGCCUCAGGUGCUCGAAAAGGGUCAGACGGUGCGCAUUGGUGAGGACGACGACUAUGAUAGCGACCAGGUGGUGAGCACGGCGCAAGAUCUCGUUACCCAUAUCAUCAAGGUCGAGGAUGAUCCAUCGCUGAACCCAUGGAGCUUUCGCAUGGUCUUCCUGGGAGCCGGUCUAUCCAUCUUCGGUGGUGUGCUCCAGGAGAUCUUCUACUUCAAGCCGCAAACCAUCUACGUCUCGCAGGUCUUCCUCACAGUGAUUGCCUACAUCCUGGGAGAAUUCAUGGCAUAUGCCAUCCCCCGUCGCGGCGUCAUCGGAAAGUUGCUGAAUCCGGGUCCCUUCAACGCCAAAGAACAUGCGGCCAUCUCCCUCAUGUCCUCCGCCGCGACACAGUCCGCGCUGGCCACCGAGGCCCUGUCAGCCCAACAGCUCUUCUACGGUGGCUACCCCAACCAUGCUGCUGCUGUGUUCAUCGUGCUGUCCUCUCAGCUGAUCGGCUUCGGCAUUGCCGGACUACUACGGGAUGUCAUCGUGCGGCCAACCAAGAUGAUCUGGCCCAUGACCUUGCCCAUCAGCAGUCUGCUUGAGUCAUUGCACAAGGAUAAGGCACAGUCCAAGGCGCGGAUGAAGAUCUUCUACAUCUUCUUCUUCAUCCUCUUCUUCUGGACUAUAAUUCCUGAGUACAUAUUUCCCCUCCUUGAAGGUUUCUCGAUCUUCUGCUUGGCCGAUCAGCACAGCUUGGUCUUCACAAACCUGUUUGGCGGUGCCUCCGGAAACGAGGGACUCGGGUUCCUCUCCCUCUCUUUUGAUUGGAACUACAUUGCCUCGUUGGGAUCACCGCUGUGGUAUCCACUGUACGCUAUGACUAACAAUUUCAUCGGGUACUUGGGCUGCAUCAUCCUUUUCAUGGCCAUCUACUACGCCAAUAUUUGGCGGUCCCAGGACUUUCCAUUCCUCUCUCAACUGCUCUACUACGGCGACUCCAACUCCACGUACUACCACGAGUACAAUCAAACCCUGAUUCUCAACUCCGAAUACAUUGUCGAUCCUGCGGCCCUCAAGGAGCAGGGUCUGCCCUGGCUGACCGGAACAUAUGUGGUCUACCUCAUUACCUCCAACAUGGGAGUGACUGCCACACUGACCCAUAUGCUGUUGUGGGAUUUUGACGAUAUCAAGGUCGGUUGGGCGUGGGCUGCCCCUAGCAAGCUCAAGAAAUGGCUGAAGCCCGAGACCUACAAGUUCUGGGCUAAUCAGGAGACCCCUGAGGAACGUCUCGCGCGACGCGUCAACGACGAUACCCUCGAUCCGCACUAUCGUCUCAUGCUGCGCAACCUCUAUCAGGAUACUCCGCUAUGGUGGUGGGGCGCUGUACUGAUUGCCAGCUUUGCUGUCGGAUUGGGCUGUUUGUAUGCGAUGAAGUCUACGCUACCGUGGUGGGGAUUCAUCGUCGGCAACAUCCUCACGCUGGUGUUUAUGCUCUUCUUUGGUGCCCAGUAUGGGUUAACUGGGUUUCAGUUUAACGUUCAGCCCAUCUGUCAAAUGUUGGCAGGCUACAUGUUUCCGGGGAAGCCAUUGGCCAACCUCUACUUCACCUGCUUCACCUACAACUCGCUGCAACAGGGACAGGUAUUGGCCAAGGACCUACGACUGGCGCAGCAAGUGCAUCUAUCGCCGAAAUGCACCUUCUUCGUGCAAGUCAUGGGCUGCAUCAUCGGAGCUCUCUUCAACUACGUGAUGAUGCUGAUCAUCGUCCGAAACCAAGCCGACGUCCUCAUCUCCAUCGACGGCACCAACAUCUGGAGUGGCGCUAACGUUCAACAAUUCAACAGUCUCGCCAUUGCCUGGAGUAUUGCCAACGACAUGUUCUCCAUCGGCGGCCGCUACGAAUGGGUAACCAUAGCAUACCUCGUCGGCUUCAUCGUGCCGGUGCCCUUCUGGCUCGCCAACCGCUUCUACCCCCAUCCGAUCUUCUCGUACCUCAACACCUCCAUUAUCCUCUGGUACAUGGGCUGGUUGUUCGUGGGUAUUAACGCCUCGAUCAUGUCGUACUUCCUAUUGGGAUUUGCGGCGCAAUUCUGGUUGAGACGGUAUCAUCCGCAGCUGUUCAACAAGUAUAAUUAUAUUGUCUCGGCUGCGUUGGAUGGUGGCACGCAAAUUUGUGUGUUCAUUCUUACGUUUGCGGUAUUUGGAGGGAGUGGGACUGAGCAUGCGUUCCCGACUUGGGCGGGGAAUCCCAAUACCGAUAUUCAUAAUUUGGAUUAUUGCAAGGUCAACCCGGCGACGUUGUAGGUGGAUGGCCGCCGUGCGCAGGACAUACGUGCGUGGUAUGUGUAGUGUGGAGACGGUAGGGAGCGUACUUCAUGUGAUCCGAUGAAACAUUUGAGUAUGGGAUGGAAUGUCCUCAAUGUAUAAUGUUAUGAACGAGUAUACAAUAAGCGAUUGAAGGAAUGAUUGCCUAAGUCUGGC